UGCAUUCCAGAUAAAAAUUUCCAAUGAGCACACUUGCGGACUAAAGACCCAAUUCGUCUCAAAAGUAAAAUGUUACGCCUGUUAUCCGGCUAGCAUGCUCAUAUGCUCACUGUCACAUGUGUAUAUACAUUAUGCCAGUUGCACAUCUGUACUGAUUUUCAGUUCAACUGGCUUACUGUGUUAGUGUAAUGUAAAACUGUCUACUUAUCUACUCUUUGUUACUAUAUGGACGAACUUCGAGUGUUAUUGAUAAUUUUAUAGUUUCUUGCAUUUUCUUCAAUCGUUUAUAAUUUUUAACAUAAAUACUACAUUUUACCUGUUAAUUUAACAACUGAAAUAUAAAGGUUUAACAGAUAUAUGUGAAUAAUUUAAACAACUCACGAUAUUGUUCAUAUUUUAAAUAAUAAGCCGAGUUUCGCGUUCGCACACAAAAAAAUGAACCGAAAAAGAAAUGUUAGCUACAUCAAGCCAGAGGAUCCUCAUUUCCUGAAAAUGCUAAAAAAAGAAGCAGGAUAUGAUGAUACAAAUCAUAAGUUUGAUAAACUAGAAAAUAAAGAUGAGGAUUUUGUAGACGAUGAAGAAAGUGAAAAACCUCAGGUUGUUGUUUUAAAAGAUGGAGAUCUCACUGCAGAAGAGGCAGAAGUUGAGACUAAGAGAUUAGAGAAAGAAAAGAAUGAAACUAAAGCUGAUCUCAGUCAAAAGGUUAUUUUUCAAGCUAAAUUAAAACCCACAAUGUUGCCUGAUAGUAAGAGCCAAAAAAGAAAAAAUAGGGUGAGACAAAAACCCAGUAGUCAACUUUUGUCAUUUGCGGGUGAAGAAGAUGUGGGUGAAUGAAAAUGAAAAAAUGAUGAAGUAUAUUUUUGUUGUAUCUCAAUUUUUUGCCCAAACCUUGCACUUAUUGCAGCAAAAUAUGUAAUCAAUUUUGAAUUAUAAUAUGUAAUCAUAGCUAUAAUUACCAUUAUCAGUGUUGUGUGUAGUUUCAAAACAUGUAUAUUAUAUAAUACCUUAAUUAUUGCAAACAAAAAUAUUGAUAACACAUUGUUUCAAUUCAGUCUAAAUAAGCUGUUUUUCUAAUUCAUAAUGUAAGAUUAUAUUAUCUUUAAAAUGUGUACUUUAUAAAAAUGUAUGAAUAAUUUUUAGUUAUUA